AUGUCGAAGAACGGCUCAGCCUACGGCACGCCCGCGGGCGACACUUCAUUCCGCAAGAAAUUCGACACCGAAGAGGCAGCCGUGCGCGCCCGAGAACGCGAGGCGAAAGAGAAGGAAGAGGGCAAGGCGCGGUACGAAGCCAAGCUCGCGGGCAAGAAAUACUACAAACCACUCGAUGGCUCAGAGACCCUCACGACGGCGCGAGCAGCCACGCUCGAUCUCAGCGGCCAUGUCGGCAAGACGAUGCUGGUGCCGGCGGGCGCCGGAGUUGGCAAGAGGGGCCGCGGCGCGGGCUUCUACUGCGAGGCCUGCGACUUGACGUUCAAGGACAAUAUACAAUGGGUGGAACACGUGAACAGCAUGCAGCAUUUGCGGGCGAUCGGACAGACUGGAGAGGUCAAGAAGGCUUCGGCAGAAGAUGUACGUGCGCGGAUCGAUGCCGCGUGGGAGCGUGUACAAGAGCGAGAGAGGGAGAAGAUUGUGAAUCUCUCCGAGAGGUUGGAGGUCAGAAGAGAGGAGGAGGAAAAGGAGAGAGAGGAGAGGAGACGGAAGAGGAAAGAAGCAGAUGAGCGGAAGAAAGCAGAGAAGGAGGCGGCGAUUAAGGUCAAGACUGAGUAUGGCGAUGAUGUUCGAAUCGAGGGAGAACACGACGAGGACGACAUGAUGGCUGCUAUGGGCAUUACUGGCUUUGGCUCUUCCAAGAAGUGA